AUGAAGAGGCAAAACGUGAGGACCCUCGCCCUCAUCAUCUGUACCUUCACCUACUUGAUAGUCGGCGCUGCGAUUUUUGACGCGCUGGAGUCUCAGGAGGAGACGACUCAGCGGAUGGAGAUGCACCUGAGGAAAUUGGAGCUGCUGAGAACCUUCAACUUGUCCACGGAGAACUUUGACGAGCUGGAGAUGGUGGUGCUGCAGCUGAAGCCGCACAAAGCUGGGGUGCAAUGGAAAUUCGCCGGCUCGUUUUACUUCGCCAUCACUGUGAUCACCACCAUAGGAUAUGGCCAUGCAGCCCCCAGCACAAAUGGAGGGAAAGUGUUCUGCAUGGUCUACGCCCUUCUGGGCAUCCCUCUCACCUUGGUCAUGUUCCAGAGCGUUGGUGAGCGGAUCAACACCUUUGUCAGGUUCCUGCUCCACCGCCUGAAGAAGUGCCUUGGGUUGAGGCGCACCGAGGUCUCCAUGGCCAACAUGGUGAUCAUCGGCUUCAUAUCCUGCAUGAGCACUCUGUGUGUGGGAGCACUGGCCUUCUCUCAUUUCGAGAAAUGGAGCUUCUUUCACGCCUACUACUACUGCUUCAUCACACUCACCACUAUCGGCUUCGGGGACUAUGUGGCACUGCAGAAUGAUCAAGCUUUACAGAACAACCCGCGGUACGUGGCCUUCAGCUUCAUCUACAUCCUGACAGGCUUGGCUGUAAUUGGAGCCUUCCUCAAUUUAGCGGUCCUUCGCUUUAUGACCAUGAACGCUGAGGAUGAGAAGAGGGAUGCUGAGCAGAGGGCUCUACUCGCACAUAAUGGCCAGGUGGGUGGACACAUCCACUGCUCUGUAGACCCGGCCUCCUCGUCCUCUACGCCAUCUGGGUGUGGUGGAGGGAGUGCGGUUGGUGGUAGCACAGGAGGAGCAGCGAGCCGGGGCCUACGUAAUGUUUACGCUGAGGUGCUCCACUUUCAGUCCAUGUGCUCCUGCCUUUGGUACAAGAGCAGAGAGAAGCUGCAGUACUCCAUACCCAUGAUCAUCCCACGAGACCUUUCCACUUCGGACACCUACAUGGAGCAGGGAGAGGCUUUCUCCAACCCCCUCCACUCCAAUGGCUGUGUGUGCAGCCUGCAGCGCCAUUCAGGCAUCAGCUCGGUGUCCACUGGUCUGCACAGCAUCAGCAACUACAGAAGACUCAAUAAACGACGAAGCUCCAUCUAG